CUUAAGGAGUUAUCAACUAUGCUCCAUUUGUUCUUCUUAAAUGUAUUAGAUAUUGAUGAUGUGCAGGUGCCUCCGUGGUGGAUUGCCAAUGAUUAUCCGUGCUGGGAAAUGAUAGUGGACCGGUGGUGCUCGCAAGAGUGGGUGGAGAUGCACGAGGCUGCCCGGCAGCGGCGUUUGCUGAUGCCAGGUGCAUCGCACCAUCAGGGCAACCGUAACCUCAAGGCGUACGCGGCUAGAUAUUCGGCGUCACAUGGUGGUGUGCCUUGCACCCAAGUCCAGGCAUACUGUUUGGACCACAAAGGAAAGGCAACGUCCGAUGUCACCUUCAACCUGCAGGAUCCGCCCAAAGUGUACAGCAACGCAAGCGUCCACAGCCGCCUCAGUGGGUACACCUCGAUGGCACAAGAAGUUCAUGGGCUGGAGUUUGAUGCGAUCAAUGAGCCCAUUGAUGGAGAAGUCGUCAUGAGGGCGUGAGGAGGCAAGAAGCAUGGACGGUACUGGUUUGGUGACAGCUUAGUCGACACGGCGACUACUCCCACUCUCUCGCAGAUUCGAGCCAGGAGUACCAGCUCAAGCCCUGC